AUGGCCACUGCGAAUGGCGAUGAUGGCGCUGCCGAAGCCAAAGUUGCUGAGGAGGAGGAGGCAGCGCGAGUUGUCAUCGACCUGGCUGGGGAAGCCGUAGAAGAAGAGGCUGGUGACCAGAAAGCGCCAGUUCCAAAGUCCCAAAAAGCUGGGAAAGGUCCAGGCAAAGGUCCUCCCUUGCCCAAGCCUCAAGCGCGGAGAGUGGUGCAGAUUUCGCCCGAGACUCCUGAGACUUCGGCAACCCGCUCUCCCUCUCGGUUUCACAUCCAGCGGCCACAGAACUGUCAGAGAGGAGGAGUUCUGGUGAUGUCUUCUGAGCCCGCGGAUCGUGAUUUGGCAAUUCUGGUAAGACAUCUCACAGACUCUGGAAGACAUCAGAAGGACGUCCGGAUCGAUAUGGCUCUGUUGAACCUUGGCCGCUUGCGCGCCUUGCGCUACGAGCGGAAUUUGUUCAAUGCUGCCACAAGACCUGUGGAUGGACAGCGCUUCUUGGAAAUGUGUUCCUCCUGCGGUGUUGUUGCGGGCGAACGGCCUGUGAAGUUGGAGGGUUUGGACGAUUUGAUCAAUGCCCUGGAAGGGGAGAUCGAGGAUCCUCGGAGAUGCACGAUUUCACCCUCAACAUAG